AAUUCGGCCAUCUUCUUCUCCAGUAACACAUUAUAUAGAGCAAAACCCCCCAAUUUCUAGGGUUUCAAAUAUAGAAAGAAGUAUAAUGUCUCAGAACGGUAAAUUAAUGCCAAAUUUGGACCAAAACAGCACAAAACUCCUUAAUUUAACAGUUCUUCAACGAAUCGAUCCAUUUGUUGAAGAAAUACUCAUCACUGCUGCUCAUGUUACUUUAUACGAAUUCAAUAUCGAUAAUAGCCAAUGGAGUCGAAAGGAUGUGGAAGGAUCCCUGUUUGUUGUAAAGAGGAGUGCUCAACCUCGGUUUCAGUUCAUUGUUAUGAACCGCAGAAAUACAGAUAAUUUGGUGGAGGAUCUCUUGGGAGAUUUUGAGUUCGAGCUCCAGAUCCCAUAUUUAUUAUAUCGAAAUUCUUCCCAAGAAGUAAAUGGGAUAUGGUUUUAUAAUUCACGUGAAUGUGAAGAAGCUGCAAAUCUCUUUAACAGGAUACUGAGUGCUUAUUCUAAGGUGCCUACAAAGUUCAAAUUACCUUCAAACAAGAGUGAAUUUGAAGAGCUGGAAGCAGUUCCAAGCAUGUUGGUAAUUGAUGGUCCCCUGGAGCCAUCAUCUACUGCAUCAAAUACUGCAGAUGUCCCAGAUGAUCGUUCCUUUGUGAAUUUCUUCAGCAAUGCUAUGAGAAUUGGGAGUGGCCCAAAUGCUGCAGUUCAGGGACAGUCGUACGACCCAUCUGCAGUAGUCCUACCUCCUCCUCAUCCUCCUGCUGCUGUACCUCCCUCUUCAACGCCAUCUCCUUCUCUUUCUACAUCUUCCACUUUGAUGCCUCCCCUUGCUGAUGCUCCUGAACCAGAUACCAAAAGGUCUUCAAAUCUAGUGAAGCCAUCGUCAUUCUUUGGUCCUCCUUCCUCUUCUCCACUGAAACCACCUGUUUCUUCAUCUGUGCCUACUGCUCCUCCACUUCAUCCCCCUGGGAAUCUACAACGCCCUUACGGAGCUCCUUUGCUUCAACCAUUUCCUCCUCCCAAUCCGCCCCCAUCUCUCACUCCUACCCCAAACAACGGACCUGUUAUUAACAGAGAUAAAGUGCAUGAGGCACUUGUGAUGCUUGUUCAAGUAAGCGUUUUGAAUUCGGUAGUUACUUUGCUAUGUGAACUUUUUUUAUGGCUCUCCCCUGAAGCAUCGGUUAAGUCAUCUCUCCUAAGCAUAUUAACCAUAUCUCUGUUCAAGAAUGAACCGUAUUUUGAGAUGGAGAAAAAUGGCAGAGAACCUAUUUCAGUUUUUGGAUUUUCUGAGAUGUUUUUGGGAUGUAACUUUAACAGCUAUGCUUUCUUUCGUGUUGAAGAUAUGACUUUAUUCGUUCAAGCAGAUAAUUUGGUGGAGGAUCUCUUGGGAGAUUUUGAGUUCGAGCUCCAGAUCCCAUAUUUAUUAUAUCGAAAUUCUUCCCAAGAAGUAAAUGGGAUAUGGUUUUAUAAUUCACGUGAAUGUGAAGAAGCUGCAAAUCUCUUUAACAGGAUACUGAGUGCUUAUUCUAAGGUGCCUACAAAGUUCAAAUUACCUUCAAACAAGAGUGAAUUUGAAGAGCUGGAAGCAGUUCCAAGCAUGUUGGUAAUUGAUGGUCCCCUGGAGCCAUCAUCUACUGCAUCAAAUACUGCAGAUGUCCCAGAUGAUCGUUCCUUUGUGAAUUUCUUCAGCAAUGCUAUGAGAAUUGGGAGUGGCCCAAAUGCUGCAGUUCAGGGACAGUCGUACGACCCAUCUGCAGUAGUCCUACCUCCUCCUCAUCCUCCUGCUGCUGUACCUCCCUCUUCAACGCCAUCUCCUUCUCUUUCUACAUCUUCCACUUUGAUGCCUCCCCUUGCUGAUGCUCCUGAACCAGAUACCAAAAGGUCUUCAAAUCUAGUGAAGCCAUCGUCAUUCUUUGGUCCUCCUUCCUCUUCUCCACUGAAACCACCUGUUUCUUCAUCUGUGCCUACUGCUCCUCCACUUCAUCCCCCUGGGAAUCUACAACGCCCUUACGGAGCUCCUUUGCUUCAACCAUUUCCUCCUCCCAAUCCGCCCCCAUCUCUCACUCCUACCCCAAACAACGGACCUGUUAUUAACAGAGAUAAAGUGCAUGAGGCACUUGUGAUGCUUGUUCAAGAUGACCAAUUCAUUGACAUGGUAUACCGCGCUAUUUUGAAUGCUCAUCAUACAUGAUAAAUAGAGGAACCUUUGUGCUUCACUUGAUGAAAUCUCAUUAAUUAGUGUUACUGGCAGAAAGAUUGCAUCAAGUUUAUCUCUGUUGUGUUCCUGCUGUUUAUAGUCUUUGAGACUCACUUUGUAUAGUAUUUUAGGCCUUUUAGUUUUACUAGUUUAGAUUUGGUAUUUUACCUUAUAUACAAUGUUUGUGGUUUUUUCCAUGUGCUUUCUGUUCAUUAAGCAAUAAACAAUCAUGUGAAAGCUGGUGGGAAAAUAUUGUACUUGCAUUUUCAGACUGGAUCAAGAAUCUGGUACAGUAGAGAGCAAUGGUAUUAUGAUUGUUUGGGAGACAAAA